AUGGCCCUCGAUGUCACGCAGAGACCUUUCCCAGAGCUCGCGGGGUGGAAGCAGCGUCGGGCAGGACCAGACGUACGGGUCCCCAGCCUUUGGUCCCUCUCCCGAGGGGGUGGCUGUGGGGGCGCGGCGCGGGCGGAGCGGAGCGGAGAGUCCGGGGGAGGCGGCGAGGCUGCGCCCUCGGCUCCCUACCGAUCCCCGCGGGCCGAGCGGCCCCAGGCCCGGCCGGAGAGCUCCGAGUCUCCAGGCAGCGGAGCGAGCGAGGAGGAGGACCCGGAGUCUCGCCGCGGGAGGCAGCACCGGCUUGACGCCAAGCCCGGCCGCCUCGGAAAGUGGAGCCCGCCGCCGCCGCGCAAGCUUCCUGGCUCGCCCCAGGCUCUUAGCUCGUCCCCUUCCUCCUGGAGCCGGCCCAGUCCCCACUGCCCUGUGCCUCGCCUGCCUGGGAUGAGGAGUGGGAGGUCCGCAUGUCCCACAGACCGGGUAUCCGGCCUGGAUUCCCACCCUCAGGGCCGCGGUGCGCGGAGGGCGCAGUCCCCGCCGCUGGGCGGACCGGCGGCUCCGGCUUUCCCGGUGGUGUCUCCAGCCUCUGUGCUUGGAAUCCCGGAUCGUGGCCUGGCACUUGGGAGGAGAGGCAGCUCCGUGCCUCGGCAGGGACGAACGCUUGGCUUGAGCGAUCACAAUUCUGGGGGUGGAGAGAAUGUCAAUCACAUACCCAGAAUAUCACCUCUGUGGGCACAGCCAGGGUAUCGUCAGUUGGAAAUGUCUCUGGUUGCCUGCAGCAGUGACUGUUUACCAUAA